AUGCAAUGGCUGCAGCGCUCUCGGUGGAUCACCAGCCCGUACUACGCGAUGGUGAUCUUUGUGAUCGCGUGCGGUGGUAUCCCGAAAGGUUAUGAUGAGGGAGGCUACAGCGCGAGUGUCAAGUUGGAGUCCUUCACGAAUGACUUUAAUCUCAGCCCCUCGCAGUGGGCGAGUAACCCCACCGGUCUCACAAACCGCAUCGCCAAUAUCACAUCUUUCAGCGUCUUGGGCGCGGUAUUUGGUGCCCUCGCCGGCUUGGAUGUAAACGAUCGGCUGGGGCGUCUGAAAUCAUGGCGUCUGGCCUGUAUCGUCUGGGCAAUAGGAUCCUUCAUCCAGAUCUUUUCCUGCGGUAUUUACGGCCUGCUUCUCUUCGCCCGCAUCUUUAGCGGACUUGGUGCUGGCUUGUUGACCGUCACAUCGCCUCUGUAUCUGUCGGAGGUAGCACCUCGUUCGACACGUGGCCUUGCGGUGGGAAUGUACAUGGUGGUUCUCUUGGCAGUUCUCGCUAUGGGCUUUUUCAUCAACUAUGGUGCCAAGGUGCACAUGGCCGCAACCCGGUCCCAGUAUCAACUAGUUCAAGCCAUUCCACUGAUCCCGGUCGGCAUCGCCUUUGGCUUCUCUUUCCUUUGCCCCGAGACGCCUCGAUAUUUAGCGUCUAGACAGCGUCAUCAAGAGUGCAAAAAGGUGUUGGCCCUCCUUCGGGGACGAGACGUCACCGAUGCCAGCGUAGUAUUCGAGUUUGAACAGAUCGAUCAACAAGUGCGAGAGCAGGCCGAUCUGAAAUCGGUAUCGCACUGGCAGGCGUUCAAAGAAUCACAGACGAAUGCCAACUAUCGCCAGCGAUUUUGGCUGCUAAUGACAAUGCAGACGAUUUCUCAGUGGACUGGCGGCAAUGGCAUUACGUACUACGUGACCAGCAUCUUUGAAUAUGCCGGGGUGUCUGGCGCUUCUCUCUCGCUCAUUUCCUCGGGCGCCUACGGCAUCGUCAAACUUGUAUUCACCAUGGCCUUUGCGUGGGGUCUGAUCGACGUCUUUGGCCGUCGUCGCUGCGCUCUGACUGGGCUUGCCCUGCAGUUGGCAGCCCACAUAUACAUGGGAAUCUACAUGGGUCUCCAACCCGGCUCGGCAGGCAACAAAUCGGCCUCAGACGCCGCCAUCGCAUCUGUGUUCAUAUAUGCCGUGGGCUGGUCCAUUGGUCUUUGCACCGUUCCCUACCUCUACGGAACCGAAAUCUUCCCAACGAGAAUUCGCAAUGUGACCUAUGCCGGAAGCAUGGGUCUGCACUGGGCCUUUCAAUUCGCCGUGGUCCGCGUCACCCCAAACAUGUUCGAUUCACUCCACGUAUGGGGCGCAUACCUAUUCUGGGCCAUAAUUUGUACUCUAGGUCUGGUGAUACUCGGGGUGUGGAUGCCAGAGACCGCCCAGGUUCCCAUUGAACGGAUGGAUGAGCUUUUCGACGGGCCAUGGUAUCUUCGCUGGCGGGUUCGCCCCAGAUAUCUCGAUGGCACGUCUGAGACGACGGUGACAGUCGCCUCUGGAAAUGACAUUGAGAAAAUCAAAAAGUCUGAGUGGAAUUAG